CAAAGACCCGCCCCCUUAGUUACUGUUGCUCACGUGAUGAAACACUUCAUGUUCUCACAGAGUGAAACACAUCGCGGAACAAAGAGGACACUGAUAACACGCCGACAGACAAGACAGAGGUUACUUUUGCCAAUCACAGGCACAGCUGAUUAUGAGGGGGCGGAGCUCUGAGGAUGGACCUGCUGCUGUACGGGAACAGAAGAGGGACAAACAAACAUAUACAGGAGAGAAAGAGAGCAACUAACGGACAACAACAACAGUACUGGACAUUAUACUAUGUUCACAUCUGCUCCGAAUCCUCUCACACAAUGAUGAGGAAGCUCAGGUGAAACGCACAGCUCCUGUAAUCACAGAUUUGCAGUAAGAGUCCUUCAUCGACACAAUGAUCUGAGCGCAUUCGCUUCACAUGAUCGUCCUGUUCUUCUGAGGGAGACCAAUGCUGUUCGUCCUUAAAGCUUCUCAGACUGCGGGAGCGCGGACAGGGAGAUGAACGCAGCGAAGACUCAUGACUCCAGCAUGAGGAAGCCUGACCUUCAUCCCUCCUCACACACACAGCACAAGAAUGUCCUGCAGUUGAGACUCCAGCAGAGGAGGACACGCGAGCAGCUCGCUGACCAGGGCAUCAUGCCUCCCUUGAAGAGUCCGGCUGCGUUCCACGAACAGAGGAAAAGUCUGGAGCGAUCCAAGACUGGAGAUUACUUAAAACACAAAAUCAGAAGUAGACCAGAGAAAUCCGAGCUCGUCAACAUGCAUAUUCUGCAAGAGCCGGCCGGCGAAGGCCUCGCACAAGACUCGCAGAACAAACUCAAGCGGGCCCGGCUCGCCGACGACCUGAACGAGAAGAUCGCUCUCAGACCCGGCCCGCUGGAGCUGGUGGAGAAGAACAUCAUUCCUGUCCAUUCCACGGUUAAAGAAGCGGCGAUGAAAGUGAACCAUGGGAAGCUCCCGAGGCAGGAGGACUCGUAUGCGUUCGAGGAGGACAGCGGCAGCGAGAGUCUGUCUCCGGAUCGCAGUGAAGAGUCGCUCACAGAGAACAAGAGCAGCGGCUCGACCUCUCCGACCCUCACCGGCACUGAUCACGGCUCUCAGAGUAAAGACGGCGGCGCUCCAAACCAAGAGGAGAACAUGACAAACGGCCAGGAAACUCCACCGAUUCCAGUUCCUGCCUUAGUGAAGCAGUCCAAAGUGUCUGAGAAGAACCGCCACAAGAAACCCAAAGAUAUCAAGCCGAAAGUGAAGAAGCUGAAGUACCACCAGUACAUCCCGCCGGACCAGAAGGCCGAGCGAUCUCCUCCGCCGCAGAUGGACUCUGCGUAUGCGCGUCUGCUGCAGCAACAGCAGCUCUUCCUGCAGCUGCAGAUCCUCAGCCAGCAGAAGCACCAGCAGCACUCGCAUGUGCAGACGCAGCCGCAGACGCAGCCGAGCUUCAGCUACCAGACGCUCAACCAGCACAAGCCGUCCGGUGAGCAGACAGCAUCAUGCAGCAGCAGCUCGUCAUCUCCAGUGAAGAGCAGCUACUGCAGCCCGUCCUCCAUCAGCCCCGUCCGACCCGCUCCGCUGCCCGCCAACCUGGACGACCUGAAGGUGUCUGAGCUGCGGCAGCAACUGCGGAUCCGCGGCCUGCCCGUGUCGGGCACCAAGACGGCGCUCAUCGAACGACUGCGGCCCUUUAAAGACUCCAGCUGCGCUUCUCCGUCCGGCUCUGGAGACGUCAGCACCGCCACAUUCCCCGUGACGCCCACCGGGUCGCUGUCGUCCUAUCAGUCCCCGGCGUCUCACGGGGCCGGCUUCUACCCCUUCUGCAGCAGCGGCUCCACGCCACCCAUCUCGCCGGCCUCGUCCGACCUCUCCGUCAGCGGCUCGCUGCCCGACAGCUUCAGCGACGUCACCAUGUCCUCGCCACAGUUCGGCCUGCAGCCCUCGCCGGACGACGGUCUGGGACUGGACGCGGAGAAGGACAAGAUGCUGGUGGAGAAGCAGAAGGUGAUCGAGGAGCUGACGUGGAAGCUGCACCAGGAGCAGAGGCAGGUGGAGGAGCUGCGCAUGCAGCUGCACAAGAGGAAGCGCGACUGUCCCGCUCCGCCGCAGCACAUGAUGCACCUUCAGCCUCCGGCCCAGAUGCAGCAGUUCUACGGCGUGUCGGUCAAGCAAGAGCACGUGGCCUCCAGCUGCCCGCUGUCUUCCAAGCAGAUGAAAGGCGGCUGCGUGGGUCACUGCGAGCUGCAGCCUGCGCCGCACUGCCUCGAGCUGCCGCCGUCUGCGAGUCCCGUCGGCCUGUCCGCCUUCCUCAGCCCUCAGUGUUCUCCUCAAGACUCGCCCGUCACCAAACCCUCCGGCAGCCCUCAGCCCUCGUCGCCCGUCCAGCCGUACCUGCUGAGAGACGGCUGCGCACACAGACCCGCACGCAACAUGCAGUUACAGCAGAAGAGCGUGGGACAGUCGGUCAGCUGCUCGUAUCCGUCUGACCAGAGGAGCCUGCAGCCGCUCUACACCAGUCCAUCAGAGAACAGCCUGAACCCCAGAGGAUCGUCCAAGACCAAGAGCGCCAGCAUGCAGCAGAAAGAGGCUCUAUCUCACUCUCCCCGGCACCUCGAGCCCAAGUCUCCCACAUCCAGCACUGUCUUCUGUAGUUCAGGUUCUCCUGCAUCCGUCAGUAAACGGCCCCCGUGUUAUGAGGAUGCUGUGAAACAGCAGAUGGUGCGCAGCCAGCAGAUGGAUGAGCUUCUGGACGUCCUCAUCGAGAGCGGAGAAAUGCCAGCUAACGCCAAAGAAGAGAGGCCUCCUGUAACCAAAGUUGUGCCUCACCUUACAGUUUCGCCGAAGUUCCACAGACACUACAGUCACAUGACGCCCUCGCUGCUUCCCUACGAGCACGGAGACGGUCAUCUGGAGGCGCUGCUGAGCCGGACGCAAGCGGACGCGGCGCUUUUGAAGAUGAGCAGUGAGGACGGACGCUCGGACGAGGGAGCCGAAGGCUUCAACGACAAACUGAUGAUGGACACGCCCGUAUCGCCAACGGCCGGAAAGAUCGCAGCGGUCGCCGCCGAGAGCCAAGGACUCGGAAUGACUUUCACAGAGUCGCCAUGGGAAACCAUGGAGUGGUUGGAUCUGACUCCGCCCAGCUCCGCCACGGCCUUCCAAAACGGCCUGCCUCCCGCCGGACCGAGCAUCUUCAACACGGAGUUCCUCGACGUCACCGACAUCAGCUUGAACUCUGCCAUGGAUCUGCACUUGGAUCACUGGUGAGGAGGAACGGAUGGAAGCUUGUUUCCGCCACGGGGUAAAAAACGUUUUAAAAAGUAAUUGCGACUUUUUCAUCUCACAAUUUUGACUUUUUCUUGCAAUUCAAAAAAAAAAAGUCAGAAUUGAUAGAUGUUAACUCGUGAUUGUGACAUAAACUUGCAAUUCUGAGGAGAAAAACAGAAUUAUGAGAUAAAAAGCAAUUACCUUUCUUAGUUUAUUCCGUGUCAGAAAAUAAAACAAGAAUUGCAAAAUUGAUGUAAACACAGUUCUGAGAAAAAUGUUUGAAUUUGGGUUUAUAUCUCACUAUUCUGACUUUUUCCUCAGAAUUGUGAUAUAAACUCGCAAUUGCAAGUUAUAAAGUCUGAAUUGAGACACUCAAUUCUAGGAAAAAAGUCAGAAUUUUGCGAUUAAAAAGUCACAAUUACCUUUUUUAUUUUGUUAUUCCUUGUCAGAAAAGAAAACAAGAAUUGCAAGAUAUUAACUCGGAAUUACAAUAAAAAAUGUCUGAAUUUGGGUUUAUAUCUCGAUAUUCUGACUUUUUCCUCUGAAUGGUGACAAACUCGCAGUUGCAAGUUAUAAAGGCUGAACUGAGACACUCAGUUCUAAGAAAAAAGUCAGAAUUGUGAGAUAAAAAGUCGCAUUUUUUAUUUUGUUAUUCCGAGGCGGAAACAAGCUUCCACAGGAACGGGCCGGUAUCACUUCAGUAAAGAUGAUGUUAGCAGUCAGGAUUCUGGCUGUAAUCAAGAGCAUAGUGUUUUAAUACUGUUUUAUCAUGGUCCAUCAAAACUUGAAUUGUUUUGACUAUGGAUUCUGGGGAAGAAUGUUUUGAUUACUGGAAACAGAAAGACGCUCCAAACCCAAUUGGAUUCAAGCAGGGACGUCCGUACCACCCUUUUGUAAAUAUACAAUACUUUGUCUGCACAUUUGUGGUGUGGGAAAAACACGUAUUAAUGCAUCACACUAGUAUAUCACGUGUACUCUCUUGUGCUAUUGUAAAUAUUAAUUCACACUUUGCACCUUGAGCUUACGGUAGUCACACUUUUGAGAGCAUUUCCUGUUCCUUCCCCGUCAUCACCAUGUCAUUAAUUUAUUUAGAAAGCGCAAACAUUUGGUUUUUACACUUUAUGUGAGAGUAUUUUCAGAAAAAAACCCAUAAAAUCUCAACUCUUCAUAAUCACUGGAGAAUUUAACUGUAUUUAGCACAAUCAAGCCUUUUAUUCUCUGGUCAAAAGAUCUUUUUUUUUUAUUUAAAACCAAACGAAUAAAGAUGACUGUUUCAUAUUUUGCGAAUAUCUUUCCCCAAAGUCUGUUUUGCAUGAUUAUUAUUAUUAUUAUUAUAAUUACUGCCACUUCUGUUAUUUUGAACAUUCGUUAGCUCUUUUUUUAGUUGUUUUUAUAAUGUUUGGAUCUUUCUCUUUUGAUGUAUUUAUUUCAAUCUUUUCUUUCCAUUGGCAUAUUUUACAUAUUUAUGAGACAUUCCUUUUUAUUAAAAACAAAACAGAGUAAACACGGUUAAGAGCGAUGAGGACACCUGUCUGAAAAUGUUUACUAUGGUAUCAGGAUCUGUCAUUGAAUCAGUUAUUUGACGAAUGACAUCCACUGCUGAUGUUUUCUGAUGCACCCGAACAAUUUUUGAACAGUUUUUAAUGCUGUCUGAUCCGUCCGUUAAAGUAAGUCACAUUAUAUGAAUCUAAAAUGACGUUCUGACAAUCAAACAGAAGCAAUACAUUGAGUGAUUCCCGUCUUUACCAGCACUUGUGAAAAAUGAAACCUAAUAUAUAGAUUCUAGAAGUUCAACUGUGAAAAUGUUUCGUUCAUUUUGUCUGUGGCAAAUUUGGGCCCUGACUUGUUUUUUAAUCUUUUGAAAUAAAGUCUUUAGUUACGAGAUUUUCAUACUGUUCACUGAAUAAAUAAUAUUAGCUCACCAAAGCUCAAACUGUGAAUAGAUUUAUUUUCUUAUUUUCAUGAAACAGGUCAAUGAUGUUUGGUUUAGUUUUCAGUCUCUAAUCAUAUUUCACGCCGCUUGAUGCAUUUGACUUCAUGUACAGACUGUGUUUAGGAUCUCUUCGUCGAGCCGUGAAGCUUUAAACACAAUACGAAUGAAUCAGACAACCCAAAGAGUUUUAUAUAAACACACUUUUGUAAGCAAUAAACCCUGAGUUUACGUCCACAGUGAAGAAGCAUUAAGGGCAUUACAGACCAACAACAAGCUGUUUUAUAUUCCAGACUCAGUAAUGUUUUGAUACGAGUAUUAGAGACUCUAUUUUUACAAAUCCAGCAUUAUUUUAGAUGCAGAUUAUUAAAAAAGUGUAAUGUAUGUUGGAAGUCCAGAAAAAAUACUAGACAUUAUCAGGCAUAUUAGGUCAAGAUUAAUUGUGUGUAAAGUUUAAUGUAGAGUUGUGUAAAGAAUGUCACAUACUCUGAAAGAUUUUAUUUUUCUAUGCCCAGAAGAAGCUUCGCUGUCUUGUAUUUUUCCCUCCUUCAGCUUGUUUCGUUUCUUCUAGAAUGUUCCUCCUGAUCCUGAUGCACAAAUGUCCACUGUUUCUCCUCACCUCCUUGGGAAAGGGAGGUUCUUGUUCUGUUGAUUUCUCCUGGGGAAAAUAUAUAUGUAUGACAAAAAGCUUUUGUAUUGCUUGGCCACGGAACAGCGUUACAAUAUAAACCGUCCCAGUAUUCGUCUACACCGCUGUAUUACUGUAACGAGAGUUCAAUAAACGAUCAUGAAACAAA